GAGCUGCCUUUCAGUGCCACCUAUCAAUGCCAGUCAGUGCCACCUAUCAGUGAUGCCAGUCAUUGCCACCUAUCAGUGCCAGUCAGUGCCGCCUAUCAGUGCCCGUCAGUGCCGCCUAUCAGUGCCUGUCAGUGCUGCCUAUCAGUGCCGCCUAACAGUGCCAGUCAGUGCCGCCUAUCAGUGCCAGUCAGUGGCGCCUAUCAGUGCCAUCAGUGCCUCCUCAUCAGUGCCCAUCAGUGCAGCCUAUCAGUGUCCAUCAGUGCAG